AUGUUAAAAGAACUGGAGGCCAAGCUGAAGAACACUGAGAAGCAAUUGGAAGAAAAGUGGGAGAAUCUGAGGUCAGGAAUCCCAGACAAUCGCGUGGCAUUUGGUGCAUCCAUAAGCAAUGUUGGAAAUAUUGGACCAUUCAAUACUGAGAUCACACUGACCUACAAGAAUGUCUACUUUAACUCAGGGGCUUACAACCCUGCAACAGGUAUUUUCACUGCUCCAGUCAAAGGAGUCUAUUACUUCAGCUUCUCUGGCCAUAAUGUAUCAUCUAAAGCAAUGGGGCUGCGACUGAUGAAGAAUGGAGUGCAGGUGGUGACUGUGUACAACCAUCCGGCAGGAAAUCGCUAUGAGACAGCAACCAAUGGCAUGACUCUGCAGCUUGAAAAAGGAGACCAGGUGUACAUGAGGCUCCGUGGAAACACCUGGAUUUUUGAUAAUGCCAACAACCACAGCACCUUCAUUGGUCAUUUGUUGUUCCGUCUGUAA